UCCUCCGUAGCUUCCGGCACGGCCCUAGAGCGCGGGACGCGGCAAAGUCAUGGACCGCAACCCUUCGCCGCCGCUGACGGGUCGCGACAAGGAGGAGAAGGAGGAGGUGGCCGGUGGAGACUGCAUAGGGAGCACGGUCUACAGCAAACACUGGCUCUUCGGCGUCCUCAGCGGACUCAUCCAGGUGUGGAAACUGGCAGCACGCGUGGGCUCUCCCUACAUUCCCCAGGCACCGGGGCUCCGCCUCUGGCGGCUCCUCCUGCCCCGGGAGCCGCCAUCCCCACAAAGACCCCUCCCCAGGCGUGCGCUGCGGGACCUCGCCCCUUGCGUUUCUCCGGCCGCUGCGGACCCCAAAACUAUCAGGGCCCCGUCGGGGGCUCUCGACACAAAGGGAAGUAUAAUGAUUGUUAGCCCUGAAAACACCAAAUCUAACUCAGAUGAUGAGGAACAGCAGACGGAGCUUGAUGAAGAAAUGGAGAAUGAAAUUUGCAGAGUAUGGGAUAUGUCAAUGGAUGAGGAUGUGGCUUUAUUUCUCCAAGAAUUUAAUGCUCCUGAUAUAUUCAUGGGAGUACUGGCCAAGUCCAAGUGUCCUCGAUUAAGAGAAAUCUGUGUGGGAAUUUUAGGUAAUAUGGCCUGUUUCCAGGAGAUAUGUGUGUCCAUCAGCAGUGAUAAAAAUCUUGGGCAGGUGUUAUUGCACUGUUUGUAUGAUUCAGACCCACCUACUCUGCUGGAAACAAGCAGGUUGUUGCUUACUUGCCUUUCCCAGGCAGAAGUGGCCAGUGUUUGGGUUGAAAGGAUCCGGGAACAUCCAGCUAUUUAUGAUAGCAUUUGCUUCAUUAUGUCAAGUUCAACAAAUGUUGACUUGCUGGUGAAGGUGGGGGAGGUUGUGGACAAGCUCUUUGAUUUGGAUGAGAAACUAAUGUUAGAAUGGGUCAGAAAUGGGGGAACUCAGCCUCUGGACCAACCCCAGGAAGAGUCUGAAGAGCAGCCAGUGUUUCGGCUUGUGCCCUGUGUACUUGAAGCUGCCAAACAAGUACGUUCUGAAAAUCCAGAAUGGCUUGAUGUUUACAUGCAUAUUUUACAACUGCUUACUACAGUGGAUGAUGGAAUUCAAGCAAUUGUACAUUGUCCUGACACUGGAAAAGACAUUUGGAAUUUACUUUUUGACCUGGUCUGCCAUGAGUUCUGCCAGUCUGAUGAUCCACCCAUCAUUCUUCAAGAACAGAAAACAGUGCUAGCCUCUGUUUUUUCAGUGUUGUCUGCCAUCUAUGCCUCACAGACUGAGCAAGAGUAUCUAAAGAUAGAAAAAGUAGAUCUUCCUCUAAUUGACAGCCUCAUUCGGGUCUUACAAAAUAUGGAACAGUGUCAGAAAAAACCAGAGAACUCGGCGGAGUCUAACACAGAAGAAACUAAAAAGACUGAUUUAACCCAAGAUGAUUUCCACUUGAAAAUCUUAAAGGAUAUUUUAUGUGAAUUUCUUUCUAAUAUUUUUCAGGCAUUAACAAAGGAGACGGUGGCUCAGGGAGUAAAGGAAGGCCAGUUGAGCAAACAGAAGUGUUCCUCUGCAUUUCAAAACCUUCUUCCUUUCUAUAGCCCUGUGGUGGAAGAUUUUAUUAAAAUCCUACGUGAAGUUGAUAAGGCGCUUGCUGAUGACUUGGAAAAAAGCUUCCCAAGUUUGAAGGUUCAGACUUAAAACCUGAAUUGGAAUUACUUCUGUACAAGAAAUAAACUUUAUUUUUCUCACUGACA